AUGCCGACGGUCAGUGUAGACAAGGCCCUGCUUUUCGAAGGACUCGGCAAGGACUAUACAACGCAGGAGUUUGACGAGCUCUGCUUCCAGUUUGGUAUUGAAUUGGACGAUGAUACGACAGAGCAGGUAGCUGGCACUGAUGAGCGUCCUUCGCUCAAGAUUGAUAUCCCUGCCAACCGAUACGAUCUUCUCUGCUUUGAGGGUAUCCUGCGUGCUCUGCGUGUAUUCCUAGGCCUUGAUAAGCCGCCUGUGUACAAGCUUACGACGCCGAAGGAGAUGCUUACGCUUACCAUUGCCCCUGACACGUCGAAGAUCCGCCCGUUCUUUGCUGGCGCUGUGCUACGCAACGUCACGUUUACACAGGAAAACUACGACAACUUUAUUGACCUGCAGGACAAGCUGCAUCAGAAUCUCGCUCGUCAGCGUACGCUCGUUGCCAUUGGCACGCACGACCUUGCGACGUUGGAGCCGCCGUUCACGUACGAGGCGUUGCCGCCCAAUGACAUCAAGUUUGCGCCGCUGAACCGUACGGAAGAGUACACGGCCUCUGGCCUCAUGGAGCUGUACGAAAAUGACAAGCACCUAAGCCGGUACUUGCACAUUAUUCGUGAGAGCUCCGUGUACCCUGUGAUCUACGAUCAGCAGCGUCGCGUCCUGUCGAUGCCGCCGAUCAUUAACUCGAACCACUCGAAGAUCACGCUGAAUACCAAGGACGUGUUCAUUGAUGUGACGGCUGUUGACAGGACGAAGCUGGAUAUUGUGCUGAAUAUUAUUGUGACGAUGUUCUCGCAGUACUGUGCUGAGCCAUUCACCGUCGAGCCGAUUCGCGUCGUAUACCCGGACGGACAGGAAGUUGUGACACCGAACCUUGACCCUCGUACUACAUCGGUGCAUGUCUCUUAUGUGAACCGCUGCACGGGUCUGCAACACUCGGCGAAGGAAAUCUCGCAGCUGUUGACGUUGAUGGGCCAUGAUGCGUCGCCUUCGGCGGACGAGGACGUGGUGGAUGUGCGUGUGCCUGUGACGCGCCCUGAUAUCCUGCACGAGUGCGACUUGAUGGAGGAUGUGGCGGUAGCGCAUGGCUUUGACAACUUGCCGAAGACCUUCCCCGGUACGAACACGGUAGGCGGUCCGUUGCCCAUCAACAAACUCUCGGACAUUAUCCGCCAUGAAUGUGCGUAUGCCGGCUGGCUGGAAGUGCUGCCGUUGAUCCUGUGCUCGCACGACGAGAACUUUGCAUGGAUGAACCGCAAGGACGAUGGUACGAAGGCCAUUGUCCUGGAGAACCCCAAGACGCUCGAGUACCAGAUUGUGCGUACGUCGUUGCUGCCAGGUCUCUUGAAGACACUGCGAGAGAACAAAAAGCAUUCUCUCCCUAUUCAACUGUUCGAAGUAUCUGAUGUCGCCUUUAAGGAUGCGUCGGAAAAGCAGCGCAUGUCACGCAACGAGCGCCACGUUGCUGCGCUGUACUGCAACAAGGCGGCUGGCUUCGAGGUCAUCCAUGGUCUUUUGGACAAGCUAAUGAUGAUGUUGGACAUUCCCCGCAUUGCGCGAGAUGAUACCAAGACCGACCGUGGCUACUACCUCCGUGAGGCUGAAGAUGCGACGUAUUUCCCGGGCCGUGCGGCCCACAUCUUUGUGCGUCUGCCUACACCGGCUGCCGGAGCCGGCCUGGACUCGCUAAAGGACUUGGAGGUGGCCCUGAAAGGCGAUAUGCAUAUCGGUACGCUUGGUGUAUUGCACCCAGAUGUGUUGCAACACUUUGAUAUCGCGUUCCCAUGCUCGGCCCUCGAAUUUAACUUGGAGCCGCUGCUGUAA